CUAGUCGAGGGCCCAGUACUUCAACUGAUGCUAGAGGUGCCCCUUUGACAGUCAAGCCACCCACGGAUGCCGUUCGUGUGCCUGAUGCCUUGUCUUCACCUGGUUCAACUGCACAAAGCGCAACCACGCCCGCGGUUCACGACGAUGCUUCGACGGACACAAGCCCAGAGCAUGAGGGACCACAGUUUGUGGAGCCAGCUGAAGAAGAGAAACAGACCGGGGAUGAGGUAGACGAGGGGGGCAAUAAGAAGGAGGAUGAGAAAGAAACGAAUGGUGACGUUCGAGCUACUUUAAGCGAAGACUUGCAGAAUCGUGUGCUGGAAGCACCCCCUGACUCUGCUGAAGCUCAAUUGCUUCAAGAAUCUAUACGAUCGAGUGCUGCGGCGGAGGCAGCGGCAACAGCAGCAAGUACUAGUCUCGAAACAAAACCCGUAACUUCAGCGCCAGUUUCGGAAGAUGUUGAUAUGUCGGGCACCGAUGAUGUUAUUGCUAAACCGACUACACCCGAUGCUAACGAACAAGUCAAAGAAAACAGUACUCAAGCUAAAUCUGAUAUUGAUAUAGCACGGGUUAAGGCAAUUGAGACCUCGGAUGAAAUGUCGGGCAGUAAAGAGAUUCCAGACAGUCAAGAGGAGCCCUCUGAGCAAAUGGAUGUGGACGUCCAUGAGCCUGAAGCAACCGUUCAAAGUCAAAGUCAAAGUCAAGACGUCAAAUCAAAUGGAAGUAUAGAGGCUACCGAGAAAGAACCAUCAACACCUACACCAAUCCCCAUUCCCGAUGUUGCUACUGAACCUGCGGAGUCGGUCAUCAAAGAGACUCCUCCAAUAGCUGAGCGCGCUGUCACCAGAGUGUCUUCUGGAGCCAUGCGGCCAAAGUCGGUCAGCGAGAUUGUUGGUGCAACUCCUCGGCAAACGCCGACUUUAGAGCACACUUCGACCAACAAAGGCCUGGACAAUCAAUUGACCCCGUUGACUUCGACACCCAAAUCGCCAAGCCUAAGGCAUCGCCAUAUUUCAGCUCACCAAAGACAGAGAUCCCGAAGCCAGCCGUCGACCGUUGUUUUUGGGAAGCAACCCAAGAAGGCAGACGAAAGGUCUAUAGUGGCCAGCCAGCGCGAUCCGAUCAUACCGACCGAGGACUACUACACUCCCCUUUUCGUCCAGGGAUUCGCUGGUAGCUCCUCCUGGAUGCAGCCCAUCGAGAAGAUCCUGUAUACAGCCAACAAGACCGUGACUACCCCUGAUGCCAAUCUUGCCAUUCAAGAUCAUCAGGCUUGUAAAGUUUUGCGCCGCGUUUACCAUCUACAGCAGCAUGACAAAUGGUCUCUACGACAACCCAAGCGUUGCCCUGAGCCAACACGGCCCCCGUCGCACUGGGAUGUAAUGCUCCAAGAAAUGAAAUGGAUGCGAACUGACUUCCGAGAAGAACGCAAAUGGAAAAGGGCUGUCGCAAAAAAUCUUGCGUAUGCUUGUGCAGAAUGGCACGAGUCUACUCCCGAAGAGCGAAAGCUGAUGCAAGUUUCUGCUGUGAUACCCCCGAAGACACAGCCUGCCCCUGACGUUCCGAUGGCUGAUGUCGAGGGCGAAAAUCAACUCACACCUGACCUCAUCUCAAGUGGAGAUGUCGAGUCUAUUGAUAACCUGGAUGAUUUGACUGAGGAUUUCCCCGAGACGAUAGCACCGUCUGCCAUCUUCUCUCUCCAAGACGACGACGUUAUCUUUGGACUUCGACGAACAGCUGCUGCAGACCAACUUCUGGAGGAGCUACCCAUGUUUGGAAAGCCCCUCCAGGUUCCCAAAUUUGACCUUACAGGUCCUGAAUGGGACCCUGAUGCUCAUUGGCGACGACCAGCUCUACCACUGAGUAAAUAUGUUGAAGGCCACAUGAAGUUGGUUUCAGAUGGUCCGCCAAGGAAGCGCAGCCGAUACGAUUACCAGAAUGAAGAUUCCGAUGAUGAGGGCGAGGCUGGUUUUGUCAGCAGUGAUCCUUCACCCAGCCUUCCUUUACCACCAGCUACUGAUGAGGUUGCCCUAUUUAACCCUGAGAUGAAGCAUAUUCGCGAUCGCCUCUAUGUUGGCCAUCAGUUCCGACCGCCUUCGGAAUAUCCGAUGCCAUCACAGAGCUUUUUCGAGUGCAGGAGCCCCUCUCAGUGGACAAUCAACGAGGAUGACGAACUUCGAAGUCUUGUCCGGGAAUACUCUUACAACUGGUCUCUUAUUGCCAGCAUGUUAGCACCCAAAUCCCGCUUUACUUCGGGCGCCGAGAGACGGUCCCCUUGGGAAUGUUUCGAGAGAUGGAUUUCUCUCGAGGGACUUCCAGCAGAUAUGUCUAAGACUCAAUAUUUCAAAGCCUAUACAGGACGCAUCACCGCGGCCCAGAAUAUCAUUGCACAGCAAAAUCAACUUGUGGCACAGCAAAUUAACCCAGCCAAUGGAGCAGUUACCCCUGGACGGAGACGACCUCCAUCAACUCCCGUCAGAGUGGAGAGACGACGGAAUCAGAAGCACCUCACACUUCUUGACGCAAUGCGUAAGCUGGCGAAGAAACGGGAGACAGCUGCUCAGAAGCAACAGCACACAGCCUCGCAGAAUGCGGCCAAUAAGAAGGUCAACGAACCUGCAUCACAACGCACCAACAAGACACCGAGAGAAUACAGCAUCUUGCGACAUGAGCGAGACCAAGCCCUGGCAGAAAAGAUGGCGCAGUAUGCGUCAAGGCAAGAAGCUCAAAGACGAGUAAGUACUACACAUCAGAACAUAACUACAAAGCUGACAUCCUCUCAGGCUGCCUUGCAAGCCAGGGCUCAAGGUCAAGCUCAGAUGGCUGGCACUCCUGGAGCUGCGCAGGUCGGUCAAAAUCCAGCUCAAGCCGCUGCCGCUGCAGCCGCUGCCGUAGCAGCAGCCAAUGGUAUGAAUGGUGUUGGCCGUCUUAAUGUACCUAAUCAGCUUGCCGUUGCAGCAGCCGCCGCCGGACAAGCUCGUCCUAGAAUGCCAAUGCAAUCUCCUGCUGCCAAUGGCAUGGGGGGUGUUCCGUCUCAAAUGGCUGGCGGGCUCGUUCCACCUAAUCAGAUGACGAGUGCGCAACAAGCCCAAUUGCAAGCAAUGCAGGGACAACACAACCGCAUGCCUAUGCCAAACCCUCAGCCUGACGUCAACUUGAUGAUGCGUGCCCAGCGCAUCUCUGAACAACAACGGCUUGCACAGAUGCAGCACGCUCAAGGCGGCCCUAGUACCCCUGGCCAAGGAGCGAACGGUUCCCAGCAGAGCCCCCCUUUGAACAUGCGAAACGGUGUUAACAGCAUCAACGGAGCCAAUACAAUGAACCAGCAGAACUUCAUAAAUAACGCCCAGGCGAUGAUGGCCCAGUUUAACUCCGGUAAUCUCGGCUCACCACAGGCCAAUGGCCUUCAUAUGCCGGCUGGUCCUGCUGGCUCAAUAGCCCCACGACCACAAGCACAGCUCCCUCCUAGCAUUGCCGCUCAGCUUGUUCAGCUCGAGGCCCAGUUUCGUACUAAGAAUCCGACCCUACCCCCUGAUCAAAUUCGCCAGAUGGCAACAGAGCAUCUGACACGCCUUAUGAUGGCUCAGCGCACUGCUAUGAACUCUGCUGCUGGUACGGCUAACGGCCAAGGCGGACUUGCUGCUAGCAUCGCAGCUACGACAAGUCCUCACCAAUACGCCGCGCUGCUUCGCCAACAGCAACAGCAGCAGGCAAGUCAAGCGGCUGGUAGCCCUGGACAACAGCACCAGCAACUUCACCAGCAACAUCAACAAGCGCAACACCAGCCCCAGCAGCAGCAAGCGAAACAACAACAGCCUCAACAGCAGCAACAAGGACAAGGACAAGCACAGGCACAGGCCCAGCAUCAAGCACAUCAACAGAGGCAGGCAAGCGGCAGCGCUACUCCAUCGGCAGGUUAAUCGCAUAAAACGGGCAAAAUAAAGGAAAGUUUCUUGUUUGGGUUCUAGAACCACUGGUUUGGUUGGUGCAUAGGAAGCGAUGAAUAUUGGAGUUGAUCUUGUCAUGAAAAAAAGCGUGCAGGCAAAAGAAAGGGCAUCAUUCUGGUUCUGGUUGUACAGUUGCUUACCCUUUUUAUGUAUGAGCAACGGAUGGUUGGUAUGGCAUAUUCGUGAUGAGUUGGAGAUCAUCUGUAGAUACAUUUUAUUAAUUAGUCGAGGCGUGAAAUAGGCGUA